CCAAUCCACACAUGAACAGCGUCCCUGCCAUGGACACUGCGAUGGCGCCGCAAUCGACAUCGAUUCCACCGCCGGCGCCGGCCACAGCCGAUGAAGAUGUUCUUGCAGGCAUGUACUCCCUUGUGCAGACAGCAUUGGACUACAAGCUCAAGGGUAACCCUGUCACGUACAAUGUGCUGCUAUCCAAAAUGGAGAGAACUAGCGACGACGAAGAACGUAGGCAACUCUAUCUCGUCCUGCCCCGAUGCAUCUCCACGUUGACUAAAGACAUGGAUGCCUACCACGAACUCGUGCACCGCAUCUACACAUUCGACUUUCUUACGACGAUGCCUGUCAUUGAAGCGUACAUCCGCCUCAUCACGCACUUGGUCACAGCGCACACGUCGUUCCUCCAACCCACGAUCCACAUGCUCGUGCGAAACCUGCAACGUGUGCCCCGCCCCGCACCUGUGUCCGUCUCGCCAUUGGCGGUGCAAAUUAAAUCCACGCUCUCUCGCCGCGUCAGCAUUCCCGCCAUCCAUGCCGGCCCAUCCGAAGCCGACCUGAACGCUGAGUUUGAAGUGGUACUGCAGCAGCGGUUUGCAGCGGUGCACGUCGCUUUCGAAAAGGUGCUGCAGCUCGUACCCGCGUCCAUCCACCACGUGUUUCACUGCCUCUGCGACUAUUAUCCCCACAAGCGCCUCGAGACGCCGAUCCAGCUCUCGUACUUAAACAACUUGUUUCAGCUCACCACGUACGCCAAGGGCUUGCAAGAGCGCGUGCUUGGUCUUGUUGUGGAGAAGCUCGUAGCGAUCGACGUCGAGAUCAAGCUCGAUACGGCGGAGGAAGAUGUGUUCACGAUGGACGAUUUCCUCGACGACGACACGUGCGUGGACCCGGAGAACAUGAAGGGUGUGGACGAGAUGGCAGACAAGUUGGACCACCUUAUGCUCGCCACAUUCACAUACUUGGAAGCGCACGACCACCCGCGGCUCUUUUCCUUUUUGCUCAAGUCGUUUGACCAGAGCAUCCUCAACACGCACCGGUCCAAGUACCCGCAAUUCCUCUUGUUUUACGUGUGCAAACAACCAACUGAGCACCAGGAGCUCCUCUUGUCCCAGCUCAUCUCGGUCGCGCUCGACGCGAAAGUUCCCCCCGUGACGCGGCUCAGUUGCUCGUCGUACCUGGCAUCGUACGUGGCGCGAGCCAAAUACCUGAGCAUGAACGCAGUCAAGCACACGCUGUUUCACGUCAUGCGAUACAUCCACGGUCAAAUCGAUGUGCUGGAAGAAACCACCGCGACGACGCCCAUCGCGGUGUUCUCGGUGCCGCCCACUGUUGAUAAAUGCGUCGUCGACUUGAUCCAGUCUGCAUGCUACAUCGUGUGCUUUCGUGGGCUCGAACUGUGCGGCACGGAAGCCGGCUACACGUUUGUUCGAUCCCUCGGGUGGACUCGCGUCCUCACGAGCGCGAUCCACCCGAUGCGGCACGCGGCCUUCCACGCCGCCGUCGCGUCCGAGUUUAUGAACGUCGCCGAGCUGCUCGGGCUUGUGUCGGAUGACGCGAUUGAAAGCUUGUGGGAAGGCAUGAAACAAACGUCGGCCAAGACGCUCGAGCGAAGCCACCCGAAUGGCGCGUCGUCCACGUCCAUGUGCUUUUUCCCGUUCGAUCCAUAUUUAUUGCGCAGGUCGUUCCGAUUCAUCGGGCCGCUGUAUUUGUACUGGAAGCAUGCCGACCCGACGUUCUCGGGCAACUCGGAAGCGUUUGCGCUUGCCCAGACCCACAUGAAGGCGUAUGAAGCGCAGGAGAACGGCGACAGCGAGAGUGGCGACGACGAUGACGAAGACGACAAUGUGAGCAUGACCAGCGGGAGCUACGUGAGCGUCGGUGGCGGUAGCUUCGUCCGAAGCAGCAUGAGCGAGAUGAGCGUCGUGGGGAGUUUUACAGGCAGCGAAGACUUUGACUUCGGCGGACGUCACGCCCACCAGCACGCAGCACCGGGCAGCCAUCUCGUUGAAUGCGGCGAGGAAGUGUCGGUGCGCGUGUUCAAGUCGACGUCUUUGCACUACCACGACGAAGAAGAGUUUGGAUUUUAAGACAGAAUAGGGAACGAGCAGAAGGAUUAUAUAAUGGGACAACACACGUCGUUGGA